UCCCUCUGUGGACUGUGGCGCUGGCGUUCCGCGCACGCCGGCUCACUGCGCCUGCGCGACGUGUGGACGCCACACGCUCCCGGAAGUGGGAGGUGGUCGCUGGAGUUUGUGUGGCCGCCGCCGCGGGAACACGAGCCCGGUAAUUUUUCAACGGAGAAAGGCGAGGCUUUCGGGCUCGGCAGAGUGAGAGUGAGCAAGUGUCCGGCUCCAGCAACUCUCCUCUGGCGUGACAGCCGGCAUGGAGGAUCCACAGAGUAAAGAGCCUGCCGGCGAGGCCGUGGCUCCCGCGCUGCUGGAGUCGCCGCGGCCGGAGGGCGGGGAGGAGCCGCCGCGUCCCAGUCCCGAGGAAACUCAACAGUGUAGAUUUGAUGGCCAGGAGACAAAAGGAUCCAAGUUCAUUACCUCCAGUGCGAGUGACUUUAGUGACCCAGUUUACAAAGAGAUUGCUAUUACGAAUGGCUGUAUUAAUAGAAUGAGUAAGGAAGAACUCAGAGCUAAGCUUUCAGAAUUCAAGCUUGAAACCAGAGGAGUAAAGGAUGUUCUAAAGAAGAGACUGAAAAACUACUAUAAGAAGCAGAAGCUGAUGCUGAAAGAGAGCAAUUGUGCUGACAGUUAUUAUGACUACAUUUGUAUUAUUGACUUUGAAGCCACUUGUGAAGAAGGAAACCCACCUGAGUUUGUACAUGAAAUAAUUGAAUUUCCGGUUGUUUUACUGAAUACGCAUACUUUAGAAAUAGAAGACACAUUUCAGCAGUAUGUAAGACCAGAGAUUAACACACAGCUGUCUGAUUUCUGCAUCAGUCUUACUGGAAUUACUCAGGAUCAGGUAGACAGAGCUGAUACCUUCCCUCAGGUACUAAAAAAAGUAAUUGACUGGAUGAAAUUGAAGGAAUUAGGAACAAAGUAUAAAUACUCAAUUUUAACAGAUGGUUCUUGGGAUAUGAGUAAGUUCUUGAACAUUCAGUGCCAACUCAGCAGGCUCAAAUACCCUCCUUUUGCUAAAAAGUGGAUCAAUAUUCGGAAGUCAUACGGAAAUUUUUACAAGGUUCCUAGAAGCCAAACCAAACUGACAAUAAUGCUUGAAAAAUUAGGAAUGGAUUAUGAUGGGCGGCCUCACUGUGGUCUUGAUGACUCUAAGAAUAUCGCCCGAAUAGCAGUUCGAAUGCUUCAGGAUGGGUGUGAACUCCGAAUCAACGAGAAAAUGCAUGCAGGACAGCUAAUGAGUGUGUCCUCUUCCUUACCAAUAGAGGGCACUCCACCGCCACAAAUGCCACAUUUUAGAAAGUAACAACAGUUUUGUGUGUGGAUCAUUCCAAUUGAAGUUGCUAUGAAGAGGUAGCAGAUGAAUCUCAUUGAAUUAGUCCUAUAGUGCAAACUGUAAGCACCUUAAAACAUUUAAAGUCUUAUUACAGGUGAUAGAGAUAGAUACAUGUAUGUGAACAGAUUUUGUAGGAAGGCAUACUGAAUUCUUUGUCACCAGCACUUUUGAUAUGAGCAGUAUUCGUUACAUAGUAACAGUUCCUGCUUAGAACUGAAUUUUAUAAUUUAAGGUGUUCAAGAUAUAUUCUUUUUGGUUUUAAAAUGCAAAAUCUUAUUGGCUGUUCUCUUGAAUGUCAUAUCUUACCGGUGUUUAAAUAUGUAAUGUAUUUCUUUAUUAACAUCACUAGAUGAAACCAUAUCUUAAAAUGCAGAAAUGAUUGGAAGGUAGGUCUUAUCUAGCCUUUGGAUUUCAAGAAUAUCAUAGUCCUUUUGAUUUUCAAAGUUUAUAUGUGAAGUUCACCAUGUAUGUGGUGAAUUUCAUAAGGUACUUGGUAUACAUAUCUGCCUAUGUUUCUUUUCAACUCAUAAUUGGAAGAAUUAUGAUGGAUUAUAGGGUCUGGUUAAAAAUUCAGUUACUGAAGGAAUUAAUGAAAACUCAGAAGAAAAUACUAAAAGGAAUAUCAUAAGGGCUGUAGCUCAAACUUCAUAAUACAUAAAUCACUAGGGUCUUUUUGGAUUUGGUUGUUUAAUUCGCCUUCCUUUUUUGACAUAUAUAUGCCUUAAUUCUUAAAUCUGAGGGACCAUGCUUUGAAAUAGACUGAAAAUUAAGGGUCACCACCUAAUUUUACUUUGUAUUCAGUAUCGUAAGUGAGGUUAAUAAAGUCAAUACUUUUCUACCACAUAUUAUGUUUUUGUUAUUAAAAAACUUCAUUGGCCACCAGUGAAGUUAGUCAAUAAAAGACUUGUUUUUCUGAUUUUACAUAGUAAAUGGCUGCUAAAUAUUGAGUAAUUCUUAACUAAUUCUAAAAACUAAAAUGUGCAUUUCGACUUGAUAAGGUAAAGCUCUUAUCUAGAGGCUAAACCCAUGUAUUUUCAGAAUUGAAUUUUUCUCCUUGUAGCUUUCAGGGAACAAUUUCAUUGACGUUGCUUGCUUCCUGCCUUUUACCUUUUAAUAAAAAUUGUGAUGCUACUUUA